AGUUGACACUGUCAGGUCCAUUCUCCAUCCAUUGUGUGCGGCCCCUUUAAGAAUUAGGAUUUGGGAGUGAUGCGGAUAUGAAAGUAGGUUUUAUUAAACAGCUGAAUGAAGAUAAAUAAUUGCACCCUUACAUCCCGAUGUACAAGACACAUUCAAACACACACACACACACACACGCUCUACCACUUGUACAAAGUUACCGAAACAUAGUACAGCAGUGGUUGAAUAAAUCAAGUUGUGACUAUCUGUGGAUGGCUGAGACCCUUUAGGCUUAGGCGUUGUCGGACUCAGACAAAUUAACUACGACUUCUGAGCUCUGAAGCCGGCUGAUCUGUCUCCUCAGCUGCAUGAUCUCUCCCUCCUGCUCUUCAACCCGUCUCUGUAAACUAUGGAUCACCUGGAGAGGAAAAAGAAAAGAAAAAAGGGUUAAAAUGAUCAGGAACUGUUAAUAACACUUCAAAUGUGUUAUAAGCCUUGUUGGAGCCAACAGAGAGCACUCUCUGAAGAGUUCACUCUGUAGAAGCUGGCUGGCUGUGGGACGAACACUGGGCUCCUUAUUCGUCAGGUUCCUAAUGAACUUCGUCAGGACCGGCCAUCUCUGGCAGAACGGGUCUGGGAUUUUCCCCUCUCUCAGGUCCCCAAGGGUCCGGGCCCGUUCCAUCUCGGUCCCAAAGGGCUGGAAUAGCUCGAGAGCCAGCACUCCGAUGCUGUACAUGUCUGACUGGGAGAGCAACAACGUCACAAAUAAAGUUGAUAAAUGAUGAAAGUAUAGCACGGAAAUAUGUGUCAUGUUUAAUGAAGUGUGAAUUUAUAUUAAUUUAGUUGUCGUACUGUUAAUAUGUUUACCUUUGAAUCAUAAUGGGAGCCCUUCAGUUGCUCUGGAGCAGCAUACACAAAUGUGCCAACACCUGUAGUGUGUGAGGAUUCUGCAAAAUACACCAGAGAUGUGACUUUAAAGCACAUGGUGCCAUCUACUGGUGAAUCCGUGAGGUACUAUCGUGAAAGUGAAACGAGCUAAGAGGUGCAGUAUUACCACUGCUGGGAGGUGCGGUGCCUUUAUGGCCAUCCAUUAUUAUAUCCCUGCAGGCCAAACCAAAGUCCCCAAUUCGAACAUGGCAGUCGUUACCAUGGAGGAAAAUGUUCCUGGGCUAUGGGGGAAAAACAAACACAUUACAAUUAGUUUUAUGUUAUAUGUCAGUGAGUGUAAAGAUACUGAUUUCCAAGGUUUUUGAAAGUGAAUAAAGGAGAUAUGAUUCUGAAACAUGUAGCUGCUUUAUAUCACACAGGCAACUCAAAUACUGAACUUUAAUCGCUGCAUUUGAAGCUUUUGUAAGGUAGCAUUUGCGUUCCUCAAAGUAAAAUACUGAAGUGCCACAAGAGUGAAAAAAAACCCUAUAAAUUAGCCAGAAGGGUGUCACCGGUCCCCAUCAUUGGCCCUGCACACAACACAAAGUUAUCAGAUGUGACAGGAAGACAUCAAACUCUCACACGGAUGUGGUGAAAUCCUGUGAUGAACUAGAAUAACCAGCUUUCAACCACCGCUCACUUCCUGAAAGACUUGACACAGACAGCAGUGAAGCUGCUAUGCCUGGUCAUGUUGGAGGAGAGCAAGGGACAUGAGGGGGACAGGAGCAGUAACUGUCAAGUUUCCCAACAAUGAAUAUUAUACUGCAAUUAUGGAGGAAGACUUGGGACGUAUAGAAGACGUGUCAAAAAAGUAUGGGAGCAACUUUCUUAUACGCGGGGCACCCGGAUAAGUUUUGUGGAAAAUAAAUGCAACAAUGUUACUUGGCCUUGCUACACCUCCCCUUCAUCUGGCUGCCUCUUACAGAAGAGUGAAGAGCAUGCAGAGUUUGCUGUCAACAGGGGCGGACCCUGACAUGAGGGACCAGCUUGGUCGAACCCCUCUGCACUUGGUGAUAGCCGGUUGGCCGAGCAUCCUGACUACUAAACCAAGCUCCAAGUUCCAGAUUGCUGUGAGUGGCGUACGCAGACAGGCAGAGGCCUGUCUAGGGCUCCUCGUGGAGCACAGCAUUAACAUCAAUGCAAAGGUUGAGGGGAGUCACCAGACGGCUCUCCACCUAUCAGUACGCUACACGGCUCUGUCUGCUGUCCCAAUUCUGGCCCGCUUCGGUGCUGAUGCUAAUGCUGCGGACAGCAGUGGGAUGACGCCCCUGCAUAUGGCUGCUGGGAUCCUCCAUAAGGACAUCAUGGCUAGCUUGAUAAGGAGGGAGCGGACGUGGACAUGGUUGGUAUUGUUGUCUAUCUCUGCAUAUAAAUCUGUGUUUUUAAGCCUGUUGAAAUAUAUGCUUUAGGUUCUACAUCUGUACUACAAUAAAUUCCAUUCAUUCUUGACUAUUUUAAAGGGGAUGACGCCUGUGCAGGAGGCGUGCAGCAUGGGCAACACAGAGCUGGUGGACGUGCUGCUCAGGUAUGGAGCCAACAUCAAAAGUCUGAGCAAAGCGGGGGAGAGCUGUCUGUUCCUGUUCCUGAACCACAGGACUAAUGUAAGGAACAGCUCUCUGCUGGGGAAACUCCUCAGUCUGACCUCCCCGCUCACCGUCUACGACCAGAGCGGCCACCUGCCCUCUACUUUGACGCAACCAUGUUUCUUUAAACAGAGAGACCAGCUUCUAAAACUCACUCAGCAGCCGAGGAGGCUUCGGGACAUCUGCAGGAGUGACAUCUAUCUAAAAUACGUCCAGGGCAAGGGCGACGAGUUGAGAAAACUUCUGCCUGAUAAGCUCUAUGACUUCGUGUUCAACUACUGGGAACAAAACAUUUCCUUUCAUGACCAAGACCAUUUGAAUGACUUAUUUGACGUUAGUUGACACCGGUGUGUCAAUGCAAACUAUAAGCGACUGCAAAAGUUAGCAUUAAGCUACAGACAUAACACAUGGUGAUCAAACGAAAUCCAUGGAAGCACCUUACCUUCAGGUCUCUGUGCAUCAUUCCCCUGGAGUGAAUGUACUCCACUCCUUUAAGAAUCCCUCUCAGCAGGCUGAGUGUGUGUUCGGUGUCAACACAUCCAUAAGGACCUGAAAAAAAACAAAAGUAUAUCAGGUUUUUGAUGUAAUUUCAUCUGUAAUUUCUACUGGAACAACGUCAUUUUGUGAAGUCAUGUGUGUUUUAAACAAUUACAUUUUGGGGUUUGCUCUUCUUUGGGCUUGGUGUUCCUCUCAGAGAUCCAGUCCUUCAGUGAGCGCUCACACAGCUGCAUCUGGAUGUAGAGCAUCAGGUGGAACUGUACCUGCAGAUACAGAGCAACCAUACGUUUUAAUAAAGUAAAAAAAAACAAAUCACACGUUUAACUUAUGCAAUAAAACAUGGCGAUCGUUAUUUGUUCGUCUGAUCACUGAAAGCCUCUCUAAGUGCCUACCUCUUUAGAAGGCUUUGUUGUGCGGUUUUUGCCAGCCCACUGCUGAAAUUCCUUGUCGAUGCAGGAGUUGUUGUUCAGUUCGAUGCUACUCCUGCUGGACUCCUCCUCUAACAGUGCCGAGCUGUCCCAGCCCAUGGCGGGACAUUUGGAGGUCUUCGGGGGACCCCCCUGUCCCAGGAACACACAGGGGACGUAGUUCUUGGGAAUCCGGCGCAUCGUCUUGGCACACACCACCUGGCCCUUCUCUGGGGUCGGAACCAAAGCUUCGACGGGCUCGGCCGCUCUCGGGAGUGCGCUGGCACUCGAGUCUGUUGGUGCUCGACUGAGGCUUUGAAAAACGAUCGAGGAGUUGCUGCUGAUGUUGUCAGAGCUCUCAUCGGAACUGCGAUUGAAGGAGCCGAGAUCGAUUCAGUGUUGUUGGACAAUUUAAUGACUAUUAUCGCAUCUACAUGCCCUGAGAUAAAUACUGUAAAUACUGUUUGAAAUAUUUAUUUUACUCACCUGCUACACUGGCAUACAAAACAAAACAAACAAAGAAAAUCUAAUUUCAUGUUAUUUCUGUAUAGAAUCAAAGUCAGUAAUUAUUCCAACGAGGAAAAAUAGGCUGCGAUUAACUCCACCGUCACUUUCUAUGCCGAUUAUCUCUCAAUCAAUCGGGUUAUACAAUGACAGAAAACAGUAAAUGGAUCCUACCUGUCUUGUUCACAUGACUCCAGUGCAGGCAGGAGAGACUCAGGAUCUGCAACAGAGAUG